UUCAAAAUCAUUCAUCCACCAUUAAUCAUCAUACAACUGUCACCCUAUUGACCAUGGAUCUCAAAACCACAACUCUCUUUUUGGCCAUCAACCUUCUCUUCUUCACACUAACAAGUGGUUGCAACACUCCUCCCGUCAUCCCAUACCCUAAGCCCAAUCCUAACCCUAACCCUAACCCUAACCCUAAUCCUUCGUCUCAUGGAAGCUGCCCUAGAGAUGCCUUAAAGUUAGGGAUAUGUGCCAAGGUGUUAAACGGGUCGGUUGGAACCGUAGUUGGAACCCCACCCGAUGCACCUUGUUGCUCAGUGUUGGGAGGCUUACUUGAUUUAGAGGCCGCCAUUUGCCUAUGCACUGCAUUGAAGGCCAACAUUCUUGGAAUCAACAUUAACAUUCCCAUAGCUCUUAGCUUGCUCAUCAACACAUGUGGAAAAAACUUGCCAUCCGAUUUCCAAUGCGCUUAAUCGAUAACCGAUCGGUGUGUUGUAAACCCUUGUUGUGUACCUUAGUUUGAUUUUAACGUAUUCAUUUGUGUUGUAUCGGUUGUUGUAGCAAGUAGUGUUUUUUCAUUGCGAGUGUGUUUUCGUAUUAUUGUGUGCUUAAUUGAAGUACUUGUAACUUAAUUAUCAUCGUUGCUUAAUUGAUUUAAGUUGUUCCUUUUUAUUGA